CUGACUCGGAUGUGUGUGUGUAAACCUGGAGAGAUUUAACCCGAGCUAACAGGGGGACGUUUUAAUGCUUGGUAGCGUUUGUUUCUUCAUUAACACAAUAUAUCUAUCGAAUGACAUCCGUGGUUGAGUACGGCCGACGGAGAGGCUCCAGUAAGAGAGUGUCUUCAGCUGAGGAACCCAGCAGGAUGAUGCAGCCGCCGGACCUCCGACAGGUCACCGUCCUAACCAAGGCUGAAUGGCUGAGGAUCCAAGAUGAACUGAACCGGGUUAAUAAAGACAAGCAAACUAUGAGCGAGGCAGCGAAACAGAGAGAGGCCCUGCACUUGAAAUCAGAAGAGGUUGUGAAACUGUGGUCCAACACCAUCGCUGGUCAAAGGCAAAAAAAGCUGGAGGCAAAGAAGAUUCGAGAGGAAAUUGAGGAGGAGAAAAGGAAAUCAACUGAUAAAGAAGAGGCCGAAUAUCAGGAGCAGAAGCGUAAAGAGGCCAUUGAGAAAGCCAAGACUCAGCUGUAUUAUCAGACUGACCGAGUCAAAGGAUUACAUCGUGCGCUCUUGCUGACAGAGGUGCUGAAGGAGAGGGAGGCUCAGAUUGAGCUGAAGCAACGGAUCAAGAGUGCCUCGAAAGAUGUGGACAAAGAUUUCUUGGACAUGGCGAAGACCAGAGAGGACGAGGCCCUGAAACAGGAGCAGGAGAAAGCGCUUCAGAAUAAGCUCCAAAGACGCGCGGUUGUGGAGGACCUGAAAAACCAGAUAAAGGAACAUGAGACGGUGAGAGAGCGACAGGUGAUAGAGAACAAGAAGGACGGAGAGGAAACCCAACAUCUCAAAGAACUCUAUCAGUGGGAGCAGAGAAUGGAGGAAGAGAGACAAGCUAAGGAGAAGAGAAACCUAAUGCAAGCUCACCUGGAGCAUAUCACCAAUAGGGACCUCAUAAGAGCAGCGGAUGCACAGAAACAGGAGGCCGAAGAGGAGCAAAGGAAACUUUUUCUCUCCGCAAAGCAAAAAAUGAUGAAGUUACGGAAAGACAGAGAGAAAGAACUGCUCAGAGAGGCCCAGGUGUGCAGAGAGAGGAUCAUGAACAAACUGACAGUCACACAGCAGGAGAACACCCACAGCGAGGAGCAGAGGAUCGCAAAGGCUGCCGCCGAGCAGGAAGCCAAAGAGGCACAGCAGCGGUGGCAGGAGGGGAAGAAGAGGGCUGCGAUGCUCAAGACGAUCAAUGCGCACAGAGAAUUCAUGAGACAAGAAAAGGAGCAGAGGGACAAAAUGGCAAAGCAGAACGCCCAGGAGACACUUCUGGCCAAGAAAGAGGCUGACAGAAUAUUUUCUGAGAAACAACAACUGAAGACUCGGAAGAUGAAAGAAGAUGAACGGAAACUACAAGACUUCAAUGCCACAAAAAUGGCUGAGAAAAGCACCAGGCACCAGCAGCUGCGGAGAGACGAACACGAGUUUGAAGAGAAAAACUCAGAACUCAUUGCCGAGGAGGAAAACGAAUUCCAGCAGUAUUCACAGCACGUCAUAAAAGCUGCAGCGGAGGCUCAGCGAAAUGUGUUUCCACUUCGUAAAGCAGCGAGGGAAGGUAUCGGUGGAGGGUUCGGUCCCGUGUUUAAUGGAGUCAGGGCUAGCUACCUUGUUCAGGACCGCACUGGCGCUCAGAUGCCCAAAUAUGUCUCUGGCACCACCCAGAACAUUAAAAAGCUUAAUGAGGCUGAAGAUAUUGAAGACGCAAAGAGACGACUUGGAUUUACGUGGUGAUAAGGUGACAGGUCACUCCCAGCUGGCAAAUUUAGCUGUUCCCCAAAAAUUGACCAUCUCUGAACACGCAGAAUGUUUCAUAACAUCCUUAAAAUGUCUGAAAUCACUCCCUCACUCACCACUCUGUAUAAAAUAGACACUCAAUAGUUUGCCCUAUAGUGGAUAGUAAAAUGGGAUUUUGGACACUAAGAAUUAUUUAGUCAUCACUUCCAGGUGUAGUGCUGCACAUCUUUUAUGUUCAGAAAAUACAACACAUUGCUUUGUGGGAUAAAAGUGUCUGUGGGGUGUCUUCUUGUAUAACACUCGGGUGCAGCCAGCGACCUGUCAUCUCCAUGCCAAGUCGUGGUUACUAUUUUUUGUUUAAUCCCAUUGUGUAAAUGUAGCGUAGUAUAGUAUAUAUGUAUGAUAGAAAGUGUGAUUUUCACACUCUUAGAGUGCACUAUAUAGUAAACAGGGAGUGGUUUUGGACACAAUUGUUUGCAGGGAUGUUCUACUUCUGUAAAGUUUCAUAUAUUCUGUAGAGAAAGUAACUUCUGGUCAA